AUGAAAUCUUCUCAAAGUUCCAUGAUCUUGUUGAUGGUGAUAGUAGGGAUACUAAUUCUUGGUGAGCCACAAGCAAGUGGGGCUUCAGUGAAUUGUGAUCCAGCCCAGCUGAGUCCAUGCGCUCCGGCGAUCUUUUCCGGCGAACGUCCGACGGGGACAUGUUGCGUGAAGCUGAAGGAACAGAGGCCAUGCUUUUGUAAGUAUCUGAAAGAUCCAAACUUCAAGGACUACAUUAACUCCCCAAAUGCAAAGAUGAUUGCUAAGCAAGUAAAAAGAGACAAUCAUAAAUCUUCUCCUACGUCAUCUUCAACAUUGAAGCGAGAGAGCAUCAUGCAGAUCUUCGUCAAAACCCUAACCGGAAAGACCAUCACUCUCGAAGUUGAGAACAGCGACACUGUCGACAAAGUCAAGGCAAAAAUUCAGGAUAAAGAAGGGAUCCCCACGGAUCAGCAGAGGCUGAUUUUCGCGGGCAAGCAGUUGGAAGACGGUCAUACUCUCGCCGACUACAAUGUUCAGAAAGAGUCUACUCUUCAUCUGGUUCUGAGGCUUAGAGGAGGAAUACAAAUCAAGGUCAAGACCCUUACAGGAAAAGAAAUAGAAAUCGAUGUCGAACCGGCUGAUACAGUGGACAGGAUCAAGGAAAGGGUUGAAGAAAAGGAAGGGAUUCCCCCAGUGCAGCAAAGGUUAAUUUUUGCGGGCAAACAACUCGCGGAUGACAAAACCGCUAAGGACUAUAACAUUGAGGGUGGUUCAGUGAUCCACCUUGUUCUUGCUUUGAGGGGUGGUUGUUUCGAUUACGCUUUGCAUUCCUUCUAG